AUGGUCCCGACGUCAGAAGGCGCGGCGUUCGCCGCCGGCGGCGGCAAGUCCGUCAGCUUCGCCGUCGACCCUGUGUCGGGCCUGUGCCAGCAAGGACCCCCCCAAGACACCCCCCUCCACCGCGAGGGCACGGUGAGCGACGGGUACACCGAGAACAGCCUCUUCCGCCACAACCUCUUCGUCGAAGGCUCCUCCUCCGCUCUCGACAGCAGCACGUGGAGCGACCUCGCCGCCACCGACCACAGGGGCGGGGGGGACUGCUGCGAGGACGGCCUGUGCAGCACGGUCGGCGAAGCGGACGGCUGCUCGAAGGCGGUGUACACACCGCCGGUCUACGCCCGGGCGCAGCGCGCUGCGGACUCGCAGGGGGGGGUAGUCAGCGACUGGCGGAGCGUCAGGAGCGGGGGUGUUGAGGGGGGGGGUCGCACGGACGAGAGCUGUUCGACGCCGCAGCGCAGGGGAUGCGGCGAGUGUCGCGCUGGGUGCGAGGGCGGGGCGGGACGGCGUCGGGGCGUUGGAGGGUUGUUGCGCGUGUGCACGCUUGGGGCCGACAGCGGGCACAACGACCCCGGGGGGAGCUCGGCGGCCGGCGGGAGCACCCAUGGAGUGCUGCGUGAGCUCAGGGCGAGGCGGCCGAGCUCGUUCCGCCCGCGAGCGCCCCCCGGGUCGUGA